AGACAGUCGGUCCAUCUAAAGAGCUCACGUGCACGCCGACCGACGCAGAAGACCCACAGAGCCUUCGCCUGGGUUCCACCCCCUUGCCACGCCUCCUCAGUCGGGUGGUUUUUUUUCUUUGUAAAUGUCGGCGAGGUGCUGUGCUACCAUUGGCUAGCUGCUCAAAGGGGGCGGGUGUGCGGACGUUCCCGGAAGCUUAAGAGGCCCAGCGCGUGCUAGACCUGGAGCCUAAACCUGGUGGAGUGGGUGCUUAGCAACCGGGGGAGGUGCCCCGUAACGGGGUUGUAACGGGGUGUUGGGAGGAGGGGGCAGCACAGGAAUUGUGGAUGCUUAACAGUCCAAGGCAAUGUGGCUGGAGCUAGGAGCUAUGCUGCGCACGACCUGUGGACCGCUGGGCAGGGCUGUUCGUCUGCCCUGUGCGGGGGCCCUGAGACUUAGGCCCCACUGGUGGGGGCCAUGUAGGGAUUGUUUGGCCCAAAGGGUUCAUCAAGACCAGCCCGGAAGAGGCCUAACUGAAGAUGAAAUUCGUAGGGCCCGGGAGGCCAGGCUCAGGAAGGCACCCCGGCCCCAGCUGAGUGAUCGCUCUCGUGAACGCAAGGUGCCUGCCUCCCGCAUCAGUCGCUUGGCCAGCUUUGGGGGGCUGGCUGUGGGCUUGGGCCUGGGAGCACUGGCCGAGGUGACCAAGAAGUCCCUGCCAGGUGGAAGUCUGCAGCAUGAGGGCUCCAGUCCUUUCCUUACCGAGGCCAAUGCUGAGAGGAUCGUACAGACCUUAUGUACAGUCCGGGGAGCUGCCCUCAAGAUCGGCCAAAUGCUCAGCAUCCAGGACAACAGCCUCAUCAGCCCCCAGCUUCAGCGAGUCUUCGAGAGGGUCCGGCAGAGUGCUGACUUUAUGCCCCGCUGGCAGAUGAUGAAAGUUCUAGAAGAGGAGCUAGGCAAGGACUGGCAGGACAAGGUGGCCUCCCUGGAGGAGGUGCCCUUUGCUGCUGCCUCCAUCGGGCAGGUACACCAAGGCGUGCUGAAGGACGGGACUGAGGUGGCUGUGAAGAUCCAGUACCCAGGUGUUGCCGAGAGCAUCCAGAGUGACGUGCAGAACCUGCUGGCCCUGCUCAAGAUGAGUGUGGGACUACCAGAGGGCCUGUUUGCUGAGCAGAGCCUGCAGACCUUGCAGCAAGAGCUGGCUUGGGAAUGUGACUACCGCAGAGAAGCCGCCUGUGCCCAGACCUUCAAGAUCUGGUGGUAAAACAUGAUUCCUCAUGCUUAUGUGGUAAGCUCUUUUUUUUUUUUUUUUUUUUUUUUCCGGAGCUGGGAACCGAACCCAGGUAAGCCCUUUUCUAAUGGAGCUGUCUCCUUGCCCCUGUGGUUUUGAGGAUAGAAUGCCAUGUAGCCCGGGCUGGCCUCAAACUCCCUAUGUAGCUGAGGAUACCCUUGAACUCUACUCUCAGGUUCAGAUGUGUACCACCACACCUGAGUUUUAAUGGCAGACUAUUACAUGACAGGAAACACUGCCACCAUAACAGUGCAACAGUCAGUCUGCUGAAGUGGAGUGGAGUGUGAUACAUCCUGUACCCUGUGUGCCAUGCAUGUGCUUCGGCCUCAGCUCCCAGUUGCUGGGACUACAGGUGUGCACCACCACAUCUGGGUCAGAGAAGGAGCCUCCAAUUUAUCUACCACUGUCUAGAGUCCAGGGCCCUCCUCUAUGUACAGGGGACACAUUCCUAGAUGCCCCCAGUGGAUACCUGAAACCCAGUUAGUUCCCCAUCCUGGUAGACUUUUCCCCUGUGAGUGCCUGUGGUGGGAUCACCCUCACAGGCUAGACAUGUUCCCUGCUGCAGCAAGCAUAUGUCACUAGGAAGACUUGUGUUCCAGGCGUCUGCCCACGAGAUGAAUACCUUUCCACCUUUGUUCAGACUGUCAUCCUCCUGCCUCAGUCUUCUCGUGCAGGGACUGCAAGCCUGCUCCAUUUCACAGGGUGCCUCAGUCACGCACGGUGGGCAUAUAACUCUUGCAGUUUGUGGUAAAACUGGCACAGAUUCCUUCUUCCUUCACCAUGAUUUCACGCAGAUUUGUUCUCACUAAGAAUCUUGAUGGACCAUGGCUUUCUUUAUUCUCUUCAUUGAACCUGGGCAUUUUACCUUCUCGCUUAAAGGUACCACUGUGUGGGCUGGUGAUGGCUCCUCAGUUAAAGAGCUUGCCACUCGACCCAAUGGUCUGGACAGGAUCCCCAGGACCCAGAGAGUGGAAAGAGAGAACUGAUGCCCACAGGGUUAUCCCCGGUCGCACGCACGCACGCAUGCAUGCACACACACAAGCACUUAAUAAAUGUAAAAACAAUGAAAGAAAAAAUUAGCCAGUCAUCAUCCUCCUGUAAGCAGCCCUAACAACGCUCAUUUUUAAAAGACAAGAAAGUAGAAGGAUGAAUCGUGAAGUGGGGACCAGCAGAUAUGGGGGAGACGAGGGAGGGUGACUAAAAUACAUCCUGUGCGUGUGCCUGUGUGUAUGUGGUGUGUGUGGAAAUGCCACAAUGAAACCCACUGUGUAUAACUAAUACAUAUGAAUUGAAAGACAAAACAUUUUAGAAAAAGAAGAAAAGGCGUUUUAGCCCUUCACUGGCAUAUCUGAGACGCCAGCAUUCCUGCUCUUGCUUUAGGACCAUUAUUAAGUAAAUUCAAGGUGACUUGGACACUGCCAAUGUAAUAUUGUAACAGUUAUGAUGCUGAAAUGGCUAAGCACUCUUAGAAGGGAAGUGUAUUAGACCGUGUGUGCCAUGCAUAUACUGGACGAGGAGAGGAUUCGUGUUCCGAACAGGAUGGAGGUGGAUUUAUCAUACUGCUCAGCGUGGUAUUCAGUUUCAAAUUUUUUUAAUUUACUUCUGGAAUUUUCCUUUUUUUAAAAAAAAAUAUUGAAGUUUCUUUUUAUUAUAUGGAUGUUUUUUGCUUGUGUGUAUACCAUGUACAUGCAGUGCCCUCAGAGGCCAGAAGAGGUCAUCAGAUCCCCUGGAAUUGGAGUUAACAGAUUAUGAGCCACCAUUAUGGGUAUUGGGAACAGAACCCAGAUCCUCUGGAAGAGCAGCCAGUGCUCUUAACCACUGAGCCAUCUCUCCAGUUCGCCUUGCCCUGGCCCCUGUUCUCUUGAUUGCUUUUUGAAACAGAAUCUUAUGCACCAUGGCUGGCCUGGAACGUGCUGUGUCACAGGAGUUGGGCCUGAGGCCCAGACCUCGUUCCUCCAUGCUCCAGUGCUAGGCUUAUAGACACACACUACCAUGUACAGCUUAGAGUUCUCCAUUUAAUAUUUUUAGACCAAGGUUUACCACAAGUAACUGAAAUGUUGGAAUAGGAUUCUUUAGUGGUCCCAAGGAAUGACCAGUGGUUAUCACUGUAGAGCCAUAAAGUAAGGACUCUUUAAUAAAGAAUGUGUAAUAUUUAUUAUUUAGUGUGUGUGUGUGUGUGUACAUAUGUGUACACGCAGUGUACAAGUGCUGUAACACACAUGUGGAAGUCAGAGGACAACUUUUAAGACUCUGUGGGCCCUGGGAUCUAACUCAGGUCACAUGCUUUGGGACAAAUGCCUUUAUCCUCUAAGGCAUCUCACUGGCCAUAAAAUAGUUAUUUUUUUAAGUGAUGUGUGAACUAAAUACUCUGAGCUCAUCAUCAAGUAACCAGAAGAAGGUCAGGGAGGGUUAGUACGAGUGACGUGGUAACUAGGUUUCCAGCCACACCCAG